AUGGAAGGCCCAAAGCUUCUUGAAAUCUUUAAUCUAGAGUCUUGUGUUACCCCUUCUACCUUGACGAACUUCUUUUCUCAGAAGUAUUUGGACACUCCUCUCUACCAUAUUCGAGCUCCUUACCGAAAUGAGAGGAUUGUUCUUCCUGAUCCUCCUCCUUCCGGUUUGAUAGAUCCCCAGAAAGAUCUCAGUAUAGUCUUUUUCGUUAAACAACGAGACUACGGUCUAACUUUUCCCUUCACUCCUUUCUUCAUCGAGGUCUUCCAGUACUUCGGGAUAACUCCCCGGAUGCUGUCUCCCAACUCCAUUUUGUUUAUGUGUUCUUUCGAAUCUAUUUGCUUGAGUUGGGGAUUAACGCCCACAGUGCGUCUGUUUGUAACCUUUUUCUGUCUCGUUAGCGUUGGAUUCCUUCGACUGACUUCUGUUGAUAAGAAGUAUGAUGUCGAAAAAUGUAUGUUUGCGUCCAAUCUUCGGGAUAUCCAAGACGCAGCUUCCGACGUGAAAAUGGACCAAAUCAAGCCCCCGAAGAACUUCACGCUAUCUCGGGAGAGCAUGAACGCUGCUUUGGACGCCCUCCGAGCUGGGCGAUCAGUGGGGGAGACUACUCAGAGGGUGGCUGAAGUCAUUUCCACCAGGUCCCAACGGGCUUUUACUGAGGGGGCGAAAAAGGCUCCUAGGGUCACCGCCAGGCCAGUUGAAGGCACCGAGCUGGUGAAGACGGACGUUCCUGAGGAGAGGUUUGAGACCUCUGCAACUAAGGAGAGGGCUCCUGAAGGGGGGAUGGAGAUUAUCCCUGCUGGUGAAAGUGCCCAGGGGGCUUCUGUUGAGGUCACCCCUGUUACCGAGGAGGGAGAGCCCGGGCCAGUUGAUGAUGCCGUCUCUGAGGGCGCUAUGAAGGGGGUCGGGAGCAAGCGUCUUCCUCCUUCUAAAGUUCUUGCCCCGGCUCCUGCUUCUAAGAAGUCCCGGACCUCCAAGAGACCAGAUCCAGCUCUGCCUCCUCUCGAGAAGAAGAAGGAGACUUCUGUGGUGCCUCUGCUGUCUGCUCCCGACAAUGACAUUUUGAACGUGGAGGAUAUCACUCAUCAAUCUCCAGCGAGCGUUGUUGCAAAAAUCUUGCGGGAGCGGAUAUUUGGCGGGGUCACGGAAGCUUUGGAUCCUCAUCUGCUUGCUCUCACUGGCCUUUUGCUGAUGGGCCUCUUCAUGAAGGUAGACGCCCGGGACGAAUCAAAUCGGAGCACUGUGGACCGCCAGGUUGAAGAGGCGCAUCUUGAAGAAAAUUUAAUCGCAACCAGCGAUGCCCGGGGUCACCUUGCUGCUGCUCAAGGGCAUCUGAAGACCCUUAGGGAGGAACUGGCCCAUACCAAGGAGGCUCUGAAGGGGGCUGAUAAGAGGGCAGCUGCUGCAGAGGUCCACCGUGAUGAGGUCUUGAAGCAGCUGUCCUCCUUAGAAGAAGCUCAGAAGGAUAGGGAUGAGGCCCGGUGCCAGCACGAGUCGUUGAAGGCAGAUUUUGAUGCCGUGCUGGCUCAGAAGGAUGAAGCCCUAGCUCGGGUUGUGCACCUCAGCCAAGAAGUCGAGGCUUUGAAGAAGAGGUGUGCAGCCUUGCUCGAGGACGCUAAGCUUGCUGAAGAUAUGGUCCAGCUGGAGUGUGAGAAGCGACUGAAGGAGUACAAGGAGUCAGUCGAGCUGAAGAAAGAAAUCGAUCAGGCCUGUGUGCGGAAUACAAAGCCUCUGACGAGAUGA